GGUGUUAGGCCUAGCGGGCGAACUGAGGCUCCUGGCUGCUGGGCGGUGUCCAGAGAUCCGCGGGGACCCGGCGCCUGGGGUUCACGCCACACUCCAGGAGGUGCCUGAACGAGCAGGCUGGCCAAGAGUAGCGGCCGGGAGACCCACGGGCCGGGACCAUGGGCUGCUUCUUCUCCAAGAGGCGGAAUUCUGAAAAAGAGUCGCAGCCCAAGGGCGAGGAGGAGCCACCGAAGCAGUACAGCUGGGACCAGCGCGAGAAGGUUGAUCCAAAAGACUACAUGUUCAGUGGACUGAAGAAUGAAACAGCGGGUCGCUUACCUGGGAAGGUGGCAGGCCAACAAUUUCUCAUUCAAGACUGUGAGAACUGUAACAUCUAUAUUUUUGAUCACUCUGCUACAAUUACUAUUGAUGACUGUACUAACUGCAUCAUUUUCCUGGGACCCGUGAAAGGCAGCGUCUUUUUCCGCAACUGCAGAGAUUGCAAGUGCGCACUAGCCUGCCAACAGUUUCGUGUGCGAGACUGUAGAAAGCUGGAAGUCUUUUUGUGCUGUGCCACUCAACCCAUUAUUGAGUCCUCCACAAAUAUCAAGUUUGGCUGUUUUCAAUGGUACUACCCUGAAUUAGCUUUCCAGUUCAAAGAUGCAGGGCUAAGUAUCUUCAAUAAUAACUGGAGUAAUAUCCAUGACUUUACACCUGUAUCAGGAGAACUCAACUGGAGCCUUCUUCCGGAAGAUGCUACUAUUCAGAGCCAUGUUCCUCUGCCUACUACCAAAGAGCUCAGCGCUGUCCGCAUUUCCACAGAAGCCAAUAGAAGUAUCGUUCCCGUAACCCAGGGUCAGAGACAGAAGAACAGUGAUGAAUCAUGCUUAGUGAUAUUAUUUGCUGGUGAUUAUACUAUUGCAAAUGCCAUGAAACUAAUUGAUGAGAUGGUUCGUUCAGGCUUUUUCCUGAUUCAGACAAAGGAAGUAUCAAUGAAAGCUGAGGAUGCUCAAAGGGUUUUUCAGGAAAGAGCACCUGAAUUCCUUCAUCUUCUGAACAAAGGUCCUGUUAUUGCCUUGGAGUUUAAUGGAGAUGGUGUUGUAGAAGAAUGUCAAAUUGUUGUCAACGAGAUAUUCAAGAGUACCAAGACAUUUGUAUCACAAAACAAGGAGACAGCGUCUAAAGAUAUAGACGGCUUCUACAACUUUGCCGAUAUACAGAUGGGAAUAUGAAGUGCAUCAUGGAACCAGGGACUUGGUAUUAAAGCCCUUCUCAAUUUGUGUAUUAGCAAUGGCUUUUACUAAGGCUAAUAUUGUUAAAGCUAAUUCUUCAAUAAAUUCUUAAAUAUUGCAUCAUUUACUUGAGAGAAAAAAAUAGUCCAUUUUAAAUUAAGUAGUUUUAAUCAGCUUAAAAACUAUUUAACCCACUUCGAUAAACUUGCAUUUUGAUUCUCUGCAUAUGAUACUGUUAUUAGAAAAUAGAAGUGGCUAACAGUUCAUGAUUUUAAUCCUAAUUAAAUGUUCUUUCAAAUGUCUAAUAAUUUAAACUUUCCUCAGUGCUCCAUAAUAUUUGUUUGAGAAUAUAUUCCAUUGCUUAUUUUCUUUUUUAACUUAGAGGGAUUUGUUACUAGUUGAUCAAUUGGAAUGAACCUAUAUGCAUUCUUUCAUGUACACACAUCCAAUCAAAGAAUUGCUUCCUAGUUGCAUACUAUGGCAAAUGAGAUUUUGUACACAUACUUGACAUAAUACUUUGUAAAUUGAAUUUUUAAGUUAA